AAAUACUCGAAGCUUUGUUUACAUUUCCAUCUUCUCCUAUACCAGAUAUAGCGAUUGUCUUCCAUCUACCAAAAAUCCCUCUUUUAGGCAAAUUAUUCAUGUUUUGCCAUGAAAAACGAUUCGUCGAUAUUCGUUGCAGUGCGAGUGAGGCCGUUUACCGAACAAGAGAAAGAAUUGUUAGUUGAAACUCCUGAUUCAGCAGAGUAUCUUGGUGAUGGUUCUCUUGCGGGAUCAAGGUCUUCCACAGGUGUAUCCGAACAGUCAAAAAAACGCGGGAUUCGUCGCAUACUACGCGUCUUAGAUGAUAACGUGCUAAUAUUUGAUCCCCCAGAAGAAAAUCCACUUGCUGGUGUACAAAAAUCAAUACUCUCUGCCGGCAAGCGAUUUAAGGACCUUCGGUUUGCAUUUGAUAGACUGUUUCAUGACGCUACUACGCAAGAAGAGGUAUAUCAAGGGACUAGUCAAUCAUUGUUGGACAGCGUACUUGAUGGAUACAAUGCUACUGUGUUUGCAUAUGGAGCUACUGGAUGUGGAAAAACGCAUACAAUCAGCGGUGAGCCCAAUGACCCUGGUAUUAUAUUUCUCACCAUGCGCGAGUUGCUGACUCGAAUUGAGAGUCUCAAGGCUACCAUGGAUGUCGAGCUUUCGGUUUCAUAUUUGGAAAUUUACAACGAAAAAAUUCGUGACCUGCUCUCCCAAGAUCCGAUGUCUUUGGAGACCCCCAAGUCACUGACUAUACGAGAGGAUGCCGAUCAAAAUAUUUCCGUACCUGGUCUCACAUAUUAUUCACCAAAGGAUUUGCAAGAGGUAAUGGAUAUUAUUGUACGAGGUAAUAAUAAUCGAACUAUGUCUCCUACUGAGGCAAACGCUGUUUCUUCACGCUCCCAUGCUGUUUUACAAAUUUACGUUCAUCAGACUCCCCGUUCAAAUUCCGAAGGAAAAGAAUUACGCUCAGUAUUUUCCUUCAUUGAUUUGGCAGGAUCUGAACGAGCUAGUGCGACAAAAAACCGAGGCGACCGCUUAGUGGAAGGUGCCAACAUUAAUCGUUCCUUAUUAGCAUUGGGGAAUUGUAUUAAUUCUCUUUGCGAUCAACGUCGUCGACCACAUAUUCCUUACCGGGACUCAAAACUCACGCGGUUGCUGAAGUUUAGUCUUGGUGGAAAUUGUAAAACCGUAAUGAUUGUGUGCGUUUCACCUUCUUCCCAACAUUACGAUGAAACUCAUAAUACGCUUAAAUAUGGAAACCGAGCAAAAAAUAUUAAAACGAAAGUAUCUCGAAAUACCGUCAGCGUAGAUCGACACGUUAGUGAAUACGUUCGAGUCAUCUAUGAGCUUCGACAACGGGUAUCUUUUUUACAAAAACGAAUUUCAGAAGAAUCCAAUCAAUUUCUUUCAUCGAAAGAAGCUCGAAAAAUUUCUUCUCGUGAAGUUCGAAUGCUUGAAGCAAGGAACAUUCUAAAAGCCUCUUUUGACGGAUCUCGAGAUUUGCAAAAAGACCUUAUUCACAAUGUACGUACCCUUAGAAAACUUGAAGAUGAAAUUCUUCUUUCCCAAUUUUGGAUUGCUCAAGCCGAAAACAAUGAAACCAUCACAAAAGAAGAGCUGGACUCGAUGAAAACCCGGCUUGAAAACCUUUAUUCUGAACGCACACUGAUUUUCUCAAAAGUUAAUCCUGAUGAAAUUUGUAAAAUAUUUGUGAAUAGUAUCUCUCACAUCAUAUCUUCCUUUAAAGCCGAAGGAGACGAUUUGUACGCUGAUAUGCUUCAGGACGAGGUAGAUCUGUUAAAAUCCAUCGUUGAAAAUCAAAUUUUGGAUGCUAGGUCGGAAGCAGAGUCUCUUUCUAACGUUACAAAGAAAAUGCUUCAAAACAUGUUUUCAUUACUUCCUCUGCUACCUGAGGAGGCUAUCGAUACAAACGAAUACCUUGCAAGUGCUUUUGAUCAACUGGUCGGUAUUUCACCUUCAAGAGUACAAUUCAAAGUUACAAAAUUUCCUCCCUAUUCAAAACACUCUGGUCUAGCAUCUAUGAAUGACUUUCCACAUUCGCCUAGCAGGUUUAAAGCUCGUUCACCUUCAAAAGCAGCUCGUGUUUUAAAAAAGCCAUUAAAGAAGCGUGUUCGUUUUAGUGAGAUGCCCUUGGGAAGUCCUAUACCAGCCUCGAAUUCUAGAGUGAACACUAAGAGAUGGUCUCUCGAUCAUUCCAAGAAUAAAGUCCCUCGAUUUCGGUUAGGAUCCUCAAUGAGUCGUGCUCGUAAUCCAACUACCUCAUCAACAUCAAACGCUCCAACGCCCCAAAGCAGCUUAGAUUCAAAUUUAAUGCCCCCUCCAUCUACCAUGCAGCUUCCUAAACGUGAGUCCUUUUUAAAUCUCAAUCCUGAAGCAUUAGCAAGUCGUCGAACUUCACUUGUAAUGCAACCUCUUAUAAAAAAUCCAGAGAAGAAAAGUUAGUUUGGUUUAUGGAAAAUUAACUUGAGUAAUGCAUUUCUCAUAAAUUUGCUUGAUGUAUCCCUGUUCACUCUUUUAUAAUCUUUUAUUUUUUGCGUCGCUUUACUGGUUCACCGCUUUAAUGAUUCCCAUAUUUUUCACUUUUCUCGUUUUCUUUUCUUUUUUGAUGAACUAAUUUAAUGCACUAAUUCAGAUAAUACACAUUUAGUUUUAUGAUUCUGUUCACUUAAACCUUUUCAUGAUGCG